AUGGAAGCAACUCUACUUCCUAACCCCAAAGACACCAAUGCUACCAUUCUCCUCAUGGGAUUGCGCAGAGGAGGCAAGUCGUCCAUCUGCAAGGUGGUGUUCCACAACAUGCAGCCAUUGGACACCCUCUACCUUGAAAGCACGUCGAAACCCACCACCGAGCUGUUUUCGUCACUUAUCGAUCUUUCCGUGAUGGAGUUGCCUGGCCAGCUCAACUACUUCGAGCCCAACUACGACUCGGAGCGGUUGUUCUCGUCCAUUGGUGCGUUGGUCUACGUCAUCGACUCCCAGGAUGAGUACCUCAACGCGUUGACCAAUUUGUCCAUGAUUGUGGAGUUUGCUUACAAGGUCAACCCCAAAAUCAACAUCGAGGUGUUGAUCCACAAAAUAGACGGGUUGUCCGAAGACUACAGAAUCGACGCCCAGAGAGACAUCAUGCAGAGAACUGGUGACGAAUUGCUCGACUUGGGGUUGGAGGGUGUCCAGGUUUCGUUCUACUUGACGUCGAUUUUCGACCACUCUAUCUACGAGGCGUUCUCCAGAAUCGUACAGAAGUUGAUCCCCGAAUUGCCCUCUUUGGAAAACAUGUUGGACAAUUUGGUCCAACACUCGUCCAUCGACAAGGUGUUCUUGUUUGAUGUCAACAGUAAGAUCUACGUGGCCACCGACUCGUCGCCCGUGGAUAUUCAGACCUACGAAGUGUGUGCAGAAUUCAUAGACAUUACCAUCGACCUCGACGACCUCUACAUCGAGGACUCCAACGGCUCGCAGGCGAAGAACAGCAACUCGAAGGUGGCCACACCCAAAGAGUUGAAAUCCAUAAGUCAUCUUUCCAACGGAUCCAUAUUAUACUUGAAGCAAAUGAUCAGAGGUUUGGCAUUAGUGGCUUUGAUACGGAAUGACGACGUAAGGAUCCUCAACGAUGGCUCUAGCGAGUCUUCCAUUGGUACCCAGGAGAGAUCCUUGACAAUUAUUGACUACAACGUCAACUUGUUGAAGAAGUCUUUAAUGAAGAUGUGGGAGAACUCGAAGUUGAUCUCCAGAAAUGAACAGUAUGAAGCCAGUGAACACCCAAGCACAGCGGAUUUGGGAAGCGAUGGCAUUUAA